AGUGCUUAUUUCAGGUCUUCUCUUCAACCAGCAAGUGUCUCUCUUUGCACUCUGUGAGGACUAUAAUCUCUUCAUAUAAUUACAUAUUCACGUACUCCUCAGAAAAUGAAAUACGCACUUCUCAUCACCGUGGCCUGCGUUGCCUGCUUUGUCACCUUCGUCAGAGCUAUUCCGACGGUCAUGGACUUCGAAGGCGAUGAGCAUGCCCACAAGCAGGAGGGAGAGGCUGGGGACAAGGUGGAAGGAUAUUACAGUUGGACCUCACCCGAAGGAGAGGAAUUCUACGUCAAGUACGUAGCUGACGAAGACGGCUACAGAGUAGUCGAUUCCAACGCCGUUCCCGUCAGCCACGCCGGAGUGAAGGCCAACGGGAAUCAGGGGUCCUUCGGGGGCGAGGAAGAAACUGCUUAAGGAUGCUAGGAUUGGUUAAGAUUGAUUAUAAGGAGUAAUUUUUUUUAAAUCAGCGAUUCGAAUUAAGUUUUCAUGCCUGUGUGACAGACAAUUAGGUUGAAGGAUAGCUCACCUGGACAGGUAAACCUAACCUGUACAGGUUAAUUUGACUUGUAUAGGUUAAUUCUACCUAUAUAGGUUCAUUUUACCUGUAUAUGUUAAUUUUACCUGUAGAUGUUAAUACUACCUAUAGGUUAAUUUUACCAGUAGAGGUUAAUCAUACCUGUACAGCUUAAUCUUACCUAUACAGAUUAAAUUUACCUGUACAGUUUAAAUUUACCUGUACAAGUAGAUUAUACAUGUAAAAGUUAUAUUUACCUGUGCAAGGUAAUUUUACCUAUACAAAGGUUCAUUUUACCUGUACAGGUUACUUUUUACUUUUACCUGUACACCUGUACAGCUUAAUUUUACCUUUAUAGGUUAAUUUUACCUGUACACCUUACCUUCCUCUUUUCAAAUGUUAUUCGUUAGAUAUAACAAGCUACCCAACAGUGCUUUUAUUCUAUAUUGUCAUAAAUUAAAUGUGUUUCUUUACUUAUCCACAUUUCUCCUACUUUCCUGGAAAACCAUAAAGAGAAUAUUUUUGUAGUUUUUUUUGUACAAUUACGAGAUCUUUCAUUAUAUAUGUAGAUAGUCAAUUUAGUUUUGGAAAUGUAAUCAUUACAUUUGUACAGAAAUAUAUUGCAAUUUAUUGUGUCGGG